GAGAGAAUGCAGACAGACAGGAACACUUGCCGCUGAGCGAGAACACAGUGUUUUGGUUUCAUACAUGGAGUCUACGCGAUUGCGUGCUAAAGUCUUGUCCUGGUGUAAUGGAUUUAAAACAUUUUGCUGACCGGCAUUUCUUCUUUUCCAGAAAAAGCUUUCCCCUUCAGGAAGAUGCGUUCGGGCUGGCAGUGCCCUCAUAAGAGAAGUGCCUGGAACCCUUCAUCUGCAGCAGCGCGUUGUGGAGCUUUCCCACGGUCUGGGAGAAUGAAGAGGAUCUGCUCAGCUGUGCCCCUGCUCCUCUGCGCCUUUCUCCUGGGAUCCACGGGUUACCCUUUCAAGCCAGCAGUGGAUGUGGAUGUUACUCCCAGGACCACGAUACUCUGCAGUGGGUUGCUGGGGGCCCAGCGGUUCAGCAGCUCUGCCCUGAACUACAGCACGCUGUUACUGGAAGACGAGACUGGGAUCCUGUAUGUUGGAGCGAGGGGGGCUUUGUUUGCUCUCAAUACCAGCAACAUUGCAGAUGGCUCCAGCAGAACUAUUCAUUGGGAAGCACCAGCUGAUAAAAAGAAAGACUGUCACGCCAAAGGCAGGAAUAAUAAGACAGAGUGCUUUAACCACAUCAGGUUCCUGCAGAGGUUCAACGAGACCCAUCUCUACACCUGUGGAACCCACGCCUUCCACCCGCUCUGUGCUUAUAUUGACACAGAGCAGUUCCGUCUGUCCUCUGGCUUCGAGGAGGGGUCGGAGAAGUGCCCCUACGACCCGGCUAAAGGGUACACCGGACUCCUAGUAGACGGCGAGAUGUACACGGCAACACAGUACGAGUUCCGCAGCGUGCCGGACAUCCGCCGCAACAUCCCGCAGCCAAUGCUGAAGACCGAGGAAACCCCCACUCGCUGGCUAGACGAGGCAAACUUCGUGGGCUCUGCAGUGUUGAGAGAGAGUGUUGACAGCUCAAUUGGAGACGAUGAUAAGAUCUACUUCUUCUUCACUGAGAAGAGCGGUGAGGAAAGCUCCUCCUUCAGCCAGUCCAGAGUGGCCAGGGUGGCUCGUGUGUGCAGAGGGGACUGGGGCGGGCUGUGGACCCUGCAGAAGAAGUGGACGUCCUUCCUGAAAGCGCGCCUGGUCUGCUCCAUCCCUGACUACGACUUCCACUUCAACAUCCUGCGCAGCGUCUUCGUGCGAGAGGCCGGCGCCGGGGGCUGGCAGGACAGCCUCUUCUACGGGGUCUUCGGCUCGCAGUGGAAGAAUGUGAAAGCCUCUGCUGUCUGCAAGUUCUCUAUUAAAGACAUCCAGGAGGCGUUUAGCGGUGCUUACAUGGAGAAGCAGGAGUCCUCUCCCGAGUGGAGCCGAUACAGCGGCGUGGUACCAGAGCCAAGGCCUGGCUCGUGCAUCACGGACGCAUUGAGAGCAAAGAGCUUCAACAUGUCCCGGGACCUCCCCGACAACGUGCUCGAGUUCGUCAGGAGGCACCCACUCAUGUUCCAGCAAGUCAGGCCCCAGGAGGAGCGGCCGCUGCUGUUCAAGAGGGGCGUGGACUACACCAGGAUAGCAGUGGAUAGAGUCACAGCCUUGGACGGCCGGACGUACGAUGUGCUGUUUAUAGGAACUGAUGACGGCUGGCUGCACAAAGCACUUGAAAUCGGUUCCAAGGUCCACAUCAUUGAGGAGAUGCAGCUGUUUGAGGAACCACAGCCCAUAGAAAACCUGGUCAUCUCCCAACAGCAGAGGAGUGUGUUCGUGGGCUCGCAGAGUGGGGUGCUCCAGCUCCCCUUGUCUGCCUGUCACAGGUACACCUCCUGCCUCGACUGCAUCUUCACCAGGGACCCCUACUGCAGCUGGGACGGGACAGGCUGCUCUGAGACCACACUGCAUACAGACCGAUCCAAUCUGACGCAGGACAUCCACAAUGGAAACUCUGGAUGUCUGAACGACUCUGGUGAAGCCCCCCUGCUCCCCCGGAAGCGGACGGUUCUGAGGGGGGGAGACGUGCUGCUCCAGUGUGAGCUCAGCUCCAACCUGGCUGUCCCGGCAUGGACGCUGAACGGCAGCGAGCUGGCGAGCUACGGGCCGGGCGGCUACCGCAUCGGCACAGAUGGUCUGCUCAUCGUGGAGUCACGGCCGGAGCAGAGCGGCAACUACAGCUGCUACUCUGUGGAGAAUGGAGUACGGGUCUUGGUAGGGACUUACACUGUGAGCGUGCGUGCUGAGCUCCUCCCCCAGCCCUGGAAACCACCAACCCCAGCCACCCCACCUGCUCCCACCAGCCAGCCCUCCGAGCUGCCCCCCACCCUGGCCCCGGCGCCCCCCCGGUCUGAGUACCAGACCUUCAGGAGCAUGGAGGGCCUGUACAUCACCCUGAUCACGGUGCUGGCCGGGGUGUGCUUUGUGCUGACGGUGGUCUUGCUCUACCUGGCUUUCUGUGUGCAGAAUCGUCGGGGCAGAUACUCCCUUCAGGGGUCGGGGAGGAAGAAGAGAAGGGGCGGCUCCCUCCUGGAGCUGCAGACCAUCUCCAGCAACUGCGCAGGCAAGCCGGAGGGGGAGCGGCCCGACGGGCUCCUCCAGAUCGUACCAGGAGAGGCCCAGGUAUCUCCCAACAAGGACCCCCCACCCCCUCCGCCACCCCCUCCUCCUCUGCCUUCCUCCGAGUUCACCAACGGGAUCUCGGCCACCCUCCCCAGCGUGCUGCGCAAGAUGAACGGGAACAGCUACGUGCUGCUGCGGCAGAGCGAGUCCGAGAGCACCUCCCCUCUCUACCACUCCUUCACUGAGGAGCUCAACAAGAUUCUGGAGAAGAGGAAGCAGACACCACUGGGGGAGAAGCCGGACGAGAGCUCGGUGUAACUUCCCCCCCCCCCCCAUCCCCCCCCAUCCCCCCCCCUGCGGUGAGCCAGAUGUAUUGCAAUUAAAUCAGCUUCUGCUUCCUGCCUUUGAAGUGCCUGAGCCAUUUUUUUUGUUUGUUUUCCUCAUCUUUCCAGACAUUUGAAUUGAAUACAAUUACAGCAACCGGCCAUCACACCUUCAGGUUACAGGAUGACCAUAACAUUGAGGCAUAAAGUAUUAUUGAGGCACAGAAAAACUAACGCCACCCUAUUAAUAGAGACCCAAUGAAAUCUACCUCUGACCAAUUCACCAGAUUGUCCUCAGCCCUCAAUCCACUGGUUUACUGAGGGUCAUGGUGAAGUGGUUUUAUAACGAGGACUCAGCAAAGCUGCACACUGGAGAAGCACUGAGCUCUAUUGAAUUGAGAGGCAGUGCUGAUAGAUCCAGGACUUGGUAAAGCUGCACACUGGAGAAGCACUGAGCUUUAUUGAAUUGAGAGGCAGUGCUGAUAGAUCCAGGACUUGGUAAAGCUGCACACUGGAGAAGCACUGAGCUCUAUUGAAUUGAGAGGCAGUGUUUAUGUCUCAUGUCUUGUGGAGCAGGGUCUGCUUACUCUUCAGGAAGCUGGGAGGAAUGUUGUCUACGAUAUAAAACAAAGUGUCCACUUGUUUCCGGAGGCCAGGUCGUCCUGAAGAGUUCUAAACUAACUGUGACAGCACUCUAUUGGAGCCAACACACCACAUGUGGAAAUGCAUACAGUCACUUUGGGAAACACUGAGCUGCUGUCUUGACAUGUAAAUAUUUACCUAGUGCAGAGUUUGUGUAAAUGACUGUUACCAGUAAUGAUCAUAUUAGUAAUACAACUGAUAAAAAACAACAGGAAAAUGAACGAUAACAUCAGGAAUGCACUGUAUAAAAUCCUGUGCCUUGAUUUAACCAUCCCAAGCUUUUCACAUCCUGUGCACGGGAUUGAAAGGAGCUGGUUGUGAAAGACCAUGUUGAAAUCAUGAGCCCGCUGUGUGCCACCUGACUGCAGCCACAAGGAUCCUGUAUUGCAAAACAAAUGGGGAUGGGAACCAUGGAAGGAAUUUGCUACAUCUAUGUGUGUCUUCAACAUGAGGGGUCCAGUGUUAAACAUGUGGGAUGUGCUUGUUGUGUUUUGGUCAGAGGAUGUAGGAAUGCCCAAUGGAAACGCAGCAUCUCGUUUCCAGUGGGAGUCCUACUGUUUCCCACAUCAGCUGAGAUGCAACCCCUGCUGUAAAUCAAACCUUAAUCAAGACAAAUCCAGAAGGGUCCUGAAGACAAGUCCCAGAAUGGACCUGCACCAUGAACACCAAGGCCUGUGGGGCUUCCUAUCAAUCUCAACAGUGCACACACUGACAUGGCUGGACAUCUCAACAGUGCACACACCGGCAUUGCUGGACAUCUCAACAGUGCACACACCGGCAUUGCUGGACAUCUCAACAGUGCACACACCGGCAUUGCUGGACAUCUCAACAGCGCACACACCGGCAUGGCUGGACAUCUCAACACUGGCAUGGCUGGGCGGUGGAGGAGUGCUAAUGAACGGGGGGGGGGGGGUGUUCACAAGCAUUAAAAACAAAAAUAUCAAAAUACACAUUCUGUUUUUUCCGCAUUCACAGUUCCGAGGAAGCAUGAUCUCAUUGCAUCCUGAUGUAACUGCAAUAAAUAUGUGCCAGAAGUGACAGGGCCCCAUUAACACUGACCACUGUAAAAUAUAAUGUACUGCUCAAUGUUUUGCACUGUUUCAUGCAGUGGAGUGUUUUCCCCUUGUGUUGCACCACUUUGAAAGCUCUGCUCCAACGUAGGUCACCAAGGCACCUGAACUGAAAAAGAAUAUACAAAAAUGAGCAAUUUCUUCAAAGGAAUUUGAAUUUGAAUUUAAAUUUUAGAGAUAUUGUUCUUCAUUUGAAACAAAUUUCAUUGAUUAACCGUGACUUCAAUUGAAGUCAUUUGUUGCCACUGUGGGAAGCUCAGUUUAACAGAAUACUGCUAAUUGCAAAUUGAUUAAAAGAGAAUGGGAAUUGAAUUUAAAAGGGAAUUGGGAAUUGAAAAACCAGAACUGACCCUGACCAUGUAUUACUGUAUCUGUUAGUGUUUCUAAACUGCAAGAGAGGUUGAAGCUUUUCUUCCCAAUAGUGAUCUGUCCACAACACUCAUACUGUGUGCCAGUAGGGCAGUGGGAGUGAGCAGCCCAGUUGAUUUGAGAGCUUUCAUGUCAAAGUGUGAGGCCCAGAGGCUUGGUCGUGCCAGCCUCUCUAUCAUGCCAUCACACACACAGUCAGCAGUCGCUAUGGGGUCUUGUUUUUCUGAUGUGAAGCAUACUGCUUGCCUGCUGGGAGAGGGACCAUUCUAGGCUAAUCCUUUAAAAAUGACAAAUGUAAUUAUUUAAUUUGAAAUACCCUGUCUUGGCAUAAUAUAAAAUGCACUUAUAUAUAUAUUUGUUUAGACUAGAUACGAGAUUGAGGAUGUCACUGAGUAGUGAUGCUUUGUUUAGAAAUGAGAUGUUGUGGUUAAACUUGGAAGUGCAAGACAAUAUGCUCCCAAGAAGAUUGGAAUUGAACGGAACAGGGUUAUUUUUGUCUGUUUCACUGCAGUGAGUAAAUCAACUGAGAGAUGAUGUGUAAUAUGAAGGGCUUGCUUUUACACAGCAGGGAGAUUGCCCAGCUCACACAUCUACUCACGUUGGAAAGAGGCUCGCGUUUGAGCACGCUCACGUUGGAAAGAGGCUCGCGUUUGAGCACGCUCACGUUGGAAAGAGGCUCGCGUUUGAGCACGCUCACGUUGGAAAGAGGCUCGCGUUUGAGCACGCUCACGUUGGAAAGAGGCUCGCGUUUGAGCACGCUCACGUUGGAAAGAGGCUCGCGUUUGAGCACGCUCACGUUGGAAAGAGGCUCGCGUUUGAGCACGCUCACGUUGGAAAGAAGCGUGCGAUUGAGCAUGCUCACGUUGAAAAGAGUCUGACCAAUGCACUUAGAGUGAAGCCUGACCAAUGCAUUCACAGUGAUAGUCUGACCAUUCACACUUAUGGCUCCUGAUGGUCUGUACAGCUCUUUGCCACAAUGUGGCUUUAAAAAAGCAAUUAUUUCUGAACCCGUGGCUUUUAAAAGGAGAAAUGUUUUUUGAAUUUUUCAUAUAGGUGUUUUUUUAUUUCUUUACAAUCUGCACAAAAUAAACAGAACAAUAAUCUUGGUAAGCUGUUUCUUUUCAGUGCAUGAUCUGUCCACUUUUAACAUUUUGCUGUUUCAAAAUUCUGCAUUAUACAUGCACUGUAAAAUAUUGCAUAGCUGUGUAUUGUGAUAUCAAAUAUUAUAAUAUCCUGCACCCUGUUUGUGUUGCAGCGGUUUCAUGAAGGCUGGUUCAGACCUUGGUGUUAAUAGCCUAGUCUGGUGUGAGAGAUGCUCUUGUCUGAGGACAUGCAUUCUGGUGCUGAGCAAUGCAGUGCACUGUGGAACAGUGGCAGGUGUGGACGUGCACGGUACUGGCCCUGAUCUGGUCCGGUCUUGGGGGUGGGAUUGGAUCCAUGUCUCUGCAGGAUAGAACAAUGGAAUAUGCUGAAAAGAUAGGAAUGUUAUGAUACUAGCCAUGAGAACGGGUGAAUCAUGUGGUACUGUAUCCAUGCUGGCGCCUGACACUGCUCUCUGUAGCUGUGCUGUUCUGAGACUGGGCUAAGUGCUUUCAAAAUGAACAAAAGAAGAGCACAUAAAAUAAUGAGGUAAAAAAAAAGACUUAAAAAAAGAGGCAGAGACACUUCUGGAAGUGGAAAAAAAUCAAAAUAAAUAUUUAAAUUAAAAUAACAACGUAGAACAUGACUAAUUGCAGACUGUUACUACUGUAGCAGGCCUUGUUUGUCUGAGUUCUACAGGAAUGGUAGCCAUGUUUGUCCUUGUUUCCUUGGCAACAACUGGGUAUUGGCAGAAUGUUUCUCCUGCCACAAAAGUGAUCUCUUAUCUCCCUUCAGUGGAAGCCAAUCUGUCCGCGUGUCCCCAAUGCGUGUGAAGCAUGCCCAGGCUGUCCUGUGUCUUUGUGGUGAGGAAUGGGAGAGAAUAGCCUCAUAAUCCAGAACCAGAUUCAUUUCUGCGAUUCCUCUUAAUCAGGGCUGUCCUUUGUUGUGUGCCAGGAGUACAAAGGGAUGGAUGUUGUAACCCUGAGAAACAGGCUGCUGUUCUGCAUCGCUGUAGGUUAUCAUGGCGCGGUUCCUGAAGCACAUCUAUCAGAGUGUCAGCCGUCAGUCAAUAUUUAUAUACAGGCGUGAUUUCUGCUGAUAUUUUAUAAAACACAUUUGUAAACAAGGUACAUGUUUCUAAGUGGAAGAAAAGACUGCCAAACUUUUUAAAUGUAAGGGAGUUGCUGUGAAAAAGAACAUGUGUAACGUUUCUGAGAGCUGCAUUAUUUUGUAAGAUAAACUUAAAAAUACA